CCCACACUCCCCUCACGCCCCCGGGCCGGGAAGGAGAGCGGCUUGGCAGGGAGGGAGGUCUGGGCCGAGACUAGUGUCCGGCCUCUUCUUGUCCGUCGGGAUCGGGCUCCCCCUGCUGCCCUUCCGUGCUGCUCCGAGGGGCCGGUGUCCCUCCUCGGGUGCCUGCACCCAGCUCUGUCCUUCCACAACAUCCCUGAUGCCUAUUUGUGCCCUUGCCACGCUCCCCAGAGGGCUGGUGGGUACCUCCGUGCCUCCCUGGGCACCCGGCUGUGUCCGUGCAGGCUCCUGGGCAGCAGCUGCCUCAGCCCUUGACGGUGAGCAGGUCCCCUGCCCAGCUUGCUGAGGGGUUUGUGUAGCUUCCCCCUGCCUUCUCCCAGGAGCAGCUCAUCUUGAAGUUCUCCCUGCUGGAGCUUGAUAUGAAUAAUCCAAAGCUGCUCUGGAUGCCCUGUCCUCCGGCAAGAAGUGCUCAGCCCUGUGGCAGUAGGGUUUUGGCAUUCUCCUCCCCAUGGAUGUGUCUGGGGAUCAGCACUGACUGGGUGGUUCAAGGGUCUCCUCCCAGUCUAACAUAGCCUUAUCUUAUCAGCCUUAAGAAGGAAUGGUUUGCUUGCCACUGUGCUGAGAUAAGAGGUAGCUAUAUGCCCCUGAACUCAGAGAAUGACCUGGAUGUUACUCCCUGCCUGUGGGGUUUUGUUGGUGAUAUGAUAUCUACCCCAGCAGUUGGGGUGAGAAGGUGUUGGGGUCCUGGCACUGCAGUCCUUGUGGCACUGUCCUGCCUGGGGUUUCUAAGACCUGAAGAUCUGCCUUUGUGCACCUUGGAGCAAGCAAUGGCCAAGUACUUGAGUAUUCUCUGCUCUGGAGCGUCUCCGAGGGAGGCAGCUGAAGGAGGACUCGCUUUCCUCCACUUGCAGCGAGAGCACUACAAACACCACUGGUUUCCCGAGAAGCCCUUCAAAGGCUCUGGCUAUCGCUGCAUUCGGAUCAAUCACAAAAUGGACCCCAUUAUCAGCAAAGCAGCGAGCCACAUCGGACUCAGCCUCUCCCAGCUCUACCAGCUCCUGCCCAGUGAGCUGACGCUCUGGGUGGACCCCUACGAGGUCUCAUACCGCAUCGGUGAGGACGGCUCCAUUUGUGUCUUGUAUGAAGCCAUGAAGCCCGUGAGCUCCUGUGGGAUGCUUACCUGCAAGAACCAGCUGAUGUUAGGUCGCACCAGUCCUUCCAAAAAUUAUAUCAUGACUGUCUCCAGUUAAACCCUUCUCUUGUCUUUACACUGCCAAUACCCAGGCUACUGUAUACCUCACCCUGAGGAUCUAUUUUUAAGAUGAAGAGAUAUUUAUAUUUUUUAAGAAAAAAAAAAUCCAAGAAAAUCCCAAAUGGAAACAUUGGGCACUGCUUUGAGCAGAAGUGGUGUUCUAGGUGCCUUUGUUUUUCUUUAAGCUGUUGCAAGCUUAGGAGUUUUUAUUACGAAGCCAAUAUCUACCUAACUAGUGUUGGAUGGCAGUUUUGAGCUGACUCGCUCGCUUGGGCAGCUUGGAAUGGAGGAUGAGGGAGAAGAGCCAAGCUGGGAAGUGCUGCUGGUGGUGGUGGGAGAUGUCUGUCACCUCCUCACCAUCCUGGUACCCAACAGUAUUGCUGUAUCUCCAGUAUACUGUUGGAGAAGGGAUGAAGGACUUGCUGUCUUUCCUCCGCUAACUGCUUCACUUCCCAGCUGAUCUGAUCUCUCUGGGGCCUGGAUGUAGUGUUUGGGGAAGCCUUGCCUCAGGGCUGGGUGAAGCUGGGGACCCUGGGAUCCCUCUUCUUUGCUCUUGCACGUCUCUUCUGGAUCCACUUUGAGUGUUGCAGCUCUGCCCUGCCCCACUCCUGGCACAAAGUGAGGGGGAGCGUGGCCUUUCCCCAACCCCCCUGUCUUUCCUUCCUGCUGCUGGACUGAAAGGGGCCAUGUUCUGUGAAGUGGAGCAAGGCAGAGAUGCAUUUGGUGGGGGUCAGGCUGUGCAGAGAUGGUCUCCAAGAUGAAUCUUGCAGCUACUCUGAUGGCACUGGAGUGCUGCUUGUUCCUGGUGCUCCCCAGUACCUGGCUGUCACCCACUGCUGCUACACACCGAGAAGGGAACUCCAGACCCUCAGUCCAACACUGACCAGCUGUGAGUUACAAAGCCUUUCUGCUGCCUGGGGCUUAGAUAUCAGCCCACAACCUGCUCAUGUGUGGCCUCUCUGUGCUCCAAGAGCAGAGUCUGGCCUUUCACUUGCAAAAGUUGCCUGAUCCAAUGCUGACAACUUGCCGUGUCACUUCUCCAGAGGAGCUGAAUUUAACUCACCUUGUGCUUCAGAGGUUGGUGUGUGAGAACUCCCAUGGCCCAAUCUCUUAAUCACAGAUACUAGGGGGUCUCUUCCCCUUGUGUGUGGGAUGCUCAAAUGCUUUGGUGUCCUAACUUUGCUUCUAAAGUCACAGCACUUCUUCCUUCUCUUCCCCCUCUGGUUCAUCAGCACGGGGCUGUACCUGGGAGCUGUCUCCACUGAUACCUUGGUAAGGAGCAUCACUUGGUUCUGAUCUCCUGGUACAUAACUGUUUGCACAAUUAAUGCCUGGUCCUGUGCUCUUGUCUAUUCAAGCAAAACUCCUCUUGGAGUCCCAGUAGUACUCAUAUUUAGAGAGACUUUCCCAAGGGUUUUUCAGGAUUUGGCCCUUAAACUAUUGUGGAUGUAACUACAAAUUGGGGGCAGCACUUUGAGCUCUGACCAAGAACUUCACUUGCCUGUUAGGAAUGAGCCUUUACCAGGAUAUUCUAUGUCCAUUGCCUUCUUACUAACCAGCUGGUGCUCCUCCAGGGAUGCUGGGGAGAAGUGAUUGAAAAAGUAGGGCAUUGGCAUUGUUGGUUGUAAUGAAACUUUCUGAGAUGUCUCAGCAAACUUUGUUGGUUUUUUUUUUACCUUCCUCUUUUGUGACCUGGCAGCUGACUGGCAUAACCAGAGUUGUUCUUGCCCAGCCUUUGAUGAAUCAAGUUCUCUGACAUUUGUGCAAUAUAUUUCUAAAUCAUGGGCACUCUGGGAGAGGAAGGAAGCCUCCCAUCUGCUGCAAGUUCUUAGCUUGGCUUUUUGUCUUGGUGAAAGAAGCCAGCACAGCUUCCCAACUCUGAGUGCUAACGUGGAAAAGGAAAUGGCAGAUUCUGUAAGCUUCAAAUUGUGAAUCCCAGAACUGGAAAAGCAGCCUCAAUUCUUAGAACCUUUUAAGAUGUCAUGUGGGGAGUUAUUUGUCCUUUAACAGUAAUGGCAGGCUGUGGCUCUGAAGUUGCAUCACUUCCCUCUGCAUCACUUCGGUUUCUUGUGUCAGCAAAACAGAAGCUGAAGUGAAGCACUGGGGCUUUUCCCUUGGUAAACUUGUGCAAUAAGUGACCUCACCAAGAGGGGAGUACUUGGGAACUUCCAAAAAGCAAAUUCCCUUUUCAGGGAAGAGGUGUCUUUGUUACUUUUUUGGAGUCCUCACUUAACCUGCUUACAUGGAAAGCCUGUGAUGAGAAUUGCAUCCAGGAUGGGCAGUGUUUGCUUUGCUGGACUCCUUGGCUGGAGUUUCCUGAAGGCUGGUACUUCCUUGGGUUGUAAUUUGUCAUGAUCAAAGCAGUCUUCAGAUUUACCUCCCCCUCCCCACACACACACACACCCUCUACUUUGUCCCCUCCCUCUUACCAGAAAAGCUUUUCAGGAAGAGCCCACACCAAAGGAAUACACUAUAAUUGCUCUUAAUAUUCCCCCUUCACUUCCAGAACCAAAACAGCCACGUACCACUCUGUUCUUUAUGUCCCUGGUGUGGAGGAGUCUGAUGUUCAGGGUAUCUGGUUGUCACUUCCCAACCAACCACACCGAGGUGUGAUGCAUUUCUCUGGUAGCUGGUUACAUGUAAAAAGCUGUGAAUUCCUGUGCUCUGUUGCCUUCUGCCCACAAGCCUGACAGACACUCUCCUGCAGAGCAGAAUGGUGUGUGUGUUUUUUGAGGUGGUGUAUUGGAGGGAUUUCCUGUCACUUUGGUGUGUUUUUUUUGUAACAAGCUGGACUGUUGAACGGGACCUGCUUUUUGUAUUUGGUGCAAAUGGUAGAGAGUUUGUAAGCUACACUUGGAGGAGGGAGUGGAUGGUUCCUAAUUGUACAGUAGUGUUUUUAUAUCCAGAUCCUUUGACAGAAGUAUGCUUUUGUUACUUUAAUAAAAAUGUAGCAGUAUAAA